CUAUAUAAACUGAACUGAAACCGAAGUCUCGAAGCUUGCUUUAUAAUCAAAACCAUCAAACCAAUUGCUAACAUAGCAAACUACUCAUGCUGCUCAUCUGCGGUGCUCUUCUAAUAGGGGUGUGGCUGCCCAGGACCCUCGGGGCCUCACAACCGGGACUGAAGACCACUGAGCCAUUCGAUCACAUGGCUGUAUUAGAUGAAGACGGAAUGUACACGCUCUUCUGGAAUUUUAACAGCACCCAUAUUACUUUCGAGGCCCACGUGCAAACGAAAGGAUGGGUUGGUCUUGGAAUCUCCGGAAACGGGAACAUGUUCCCCGGCGACGUCGCCUUAGGAUGGGUAACCGAUCAUGGACAGGUUCACUUUGCUGACCGUCACACGACCGAUCAUCGUAUGCCUUUAGUGGACACGUCGCAAGACUGGUUCCUACUGCACGCAGAGGAAACAAGCGCUGGUACUGUUCUGAAAAUGGUCCGGAAACUACAGACGUGUGACGCCGCUGACGACAUAGACAUCCACAAUGGCACAAAUCGUGUCAUCUACGCGUUCGGCUCGGAUGACCCGCAGAACGACCGCAGUAUCUUGUACCACGGAGCCACACGGGGAACCAAGAGCCUGUUCCUGCUCAAUCCGGACAAAGGGGAUGGCAAGAUCCCGGAGACGAAGAUUAAGCACUUCGAUUUUCUUAAUUUAAACUUUAUGGUUCCAAAUGACACCACUACGUACCUCUGCCGAGCAUUUAUCAUGCCUCCGAUUGGUAAGCACCACAUGAUAAAGUUCGAGCCUGUUAUCACACCCGGAAACGAGAAGCAUGUGCACCACAUCUUGUUGUCCAGGUGUAAGGUGGACAACCCAAGUCAGUAUGACGGAAAAUCUGAUUCAUGCUACGACUACCAAAAACAGGUCAUUCCUAACUGCGGUGAUUACAUAAUUUCCUGGGCAAUCGGCGGAGAGUCAUUUUACCUCCCGGCUAACGUUGGAUUCUCAGUCGGUGCACCGGAAGAUCCGGUUUUGUACCGGAUGGAAACCCAUUAUGACAACCCCAAUGGCAGAGACGAUAUCCUUGAUAACUCAGGCAUACGCAUCACACUGACCUCUGAGCUGCGGGCCCAAGAGGCGGGCAUGCUGGUGAUGGGACUGCUAACCUCUUUCAAGCAGGUCGUACCCCCGGGCCAGAGCAACUUCGUCUCAAGGGCGUUUUGUCGGGAUGACUGCAUCAGGCUGGGACUCACACAGGCAAACAUUGCGGAGUUCAAGAUCUUUGGCGUCCUUCAGCACUCGCACCUCGCCGGUGUUCGAAUAACCACACGUCACUUCCGGGGCGGAAACGAGCUUCCGCCUAUUAUCGAUGAUCCGAACUACGACUUCAACUUUCAGGAACUUCGCAGAUUACCGAAAGAGAUCGCCGUUCACCCGGGGGACAACUUCCGAAUAGAUUGCCACUACAACACCGUCGGAAAGUCACAGCCUGUCUUGGGCGGACUGGCCACCACCAACGAGAUGUGUUUAUCGUUCGCCUACUACUACCCGAAAACACCACUUGCCAACUGUUUAUGGAAUCCGACCUAUGGAAUGUCCGGGGCCGAUGGUGAUGCAAAGGUAUAUUAUUACAUGCGUGCAACGUGGCAGAUGAUCCAGAAUGCGGACUGGUCGAAUAAGACCGUGGUAGACUGGUUCUAUCAGCAGCAAAGCACCGGACCCGGAUAUGAAUAUUGCGCUGGAGACAGUUUGAAGAUUCCAGCCAACUUCGACUACACGUUCACUGGCUAUCUACCGCCUCAUGAUUACGUCGAGCCUGACACGUGCCCGUAACGGACCGCCGUUCCUGAUUAGACAGUCAUGAAGUACAUGCUCGUUGUAAACCGACUGUUCUGAUAAGACUGUAUAAAGAAUAUCAAUACAAAAAAACAACAUUUUCGUACUUAUUAAAUGUAUGCACUUGAA